GCCAAUGGAGGGGACUACCCAAGAUGCCUGGGCUGCUCCUGGGAGAGGCAGAGCUUAAGUUGAAGCCGGAGGGGCAGGAGCUCAGAGGAGCCCUGGGGCCCCGCCAGCCCCGCCUGGCACAAGCUCGUCUGUGUCACUGUCAGGAUUUGUCUAGCGCUGCGUUCUCCCUUCACAGGGGUGUGUUAGGGGGAGUCCUCUUUCCGACUACCAAAAUGGUUAUCAAAGUGUUUGUUGCCACAUCUUCUGGGUCCAUAGCGAUUAGGAAGAAACAGCAAGAAGUAGUAGGCUUUUUGGAAGCGAAUAAAAUCGACUUUAAGGAAUUAGAUAUAGCUGGAGAUGAAGACAAUAGGAAGUGGAUGAGAGAGAAUGUUCCUGGAGAAAAAAAACCUCAAAACGGGAUUCCUCUGCCUCCCCAGAUCUUCAAUGAAGAACAGUAUUGUGGGGAUUUUGACUCUUUCUUCUCUGCAAAAGAAGAGAAUAUUAUUUAUUCAUUCCUUGGUUUGGCUCCCCCUCCAGGCUCAAAGGUGACAAAGCCGCCUGAGGAAGAAUCUUCCCUUCCCAAUGGCGAUGUAGUGGGAGAGGCACAGAGCACCACAGAGGGAACAGAGAAGGCUGAAGGAAGUGGAGAAAAUGAGGCACAAAAAGAGGACAAGGAAGAUGCAGGCAACCUCGCCGACUCCCAAGAGAAGAAUGAAGAAGAGGGAGAAACCACAACGGAAGAGACGGAAGACGUAACCAAGGAGGGAGCAGAGGGAGAAGCAGAGGAAGAAGAAGCUGAAAAAGGAGAAGAGGAGGCACCAGAAGAAGAUUCUUAGGCCUUUUCAUGCUUUAUUUCUUCAACUUUGUCAGAAAACCCAAGCCAUGAAGCAACAUCGCAACUUUCUCCGUACAAACCGAACUCAACCAAAUGCUUUGGCCUGAAGCUAGCCCACCUCUCAGUACAUCCGGGGCUCACCGAGGAAUUUACUAGCUGCUAUGGUUAGAUGUACACGGAGCUAUCUACCCAGUCAUAGCAACGUUCAAUUAAAUGUGAAGACAACACACGUAUACCUUCAUGGGCCUGACAUUUUUGGCCUUUGCUUAAUUUUUUCUUUUUCUUUUUGCUUUGCAUGAAUAGAUCUUACUAAUACCCUGAAAAAAUGAUUUCAAAAUAUAGAACUUCUCUUUGUGCAAUGACUAAAGUAUUUCUUAGUAUGUGCCUUAUG